AUGAGAUCCUUCACUAUUGCCGUUCUUGCUCUGCUCGGGGCAGCUGCUCCCGUGAUGUCCUUCGGUUCCGGUCAGUCAAGCUACUCAGGCUACCAGCCCAUGCACCGCGUCGGGGACGUCUACCACCCAAUGUACCACCCGCAAGACGGCGCGUACCACGCGAUGCAUCCCUACCACGGACAUGCACACCCGUCCACGGAGGACUACCACCACGGCAUCCAACACAUGCACAGACCGCUGCACGCCUACCGUCCGCACUAUCACUACCACCUGCACCGGCCGUCAUACUCGCAUCUCGGCCACUAUGGUCACCACCCGUACCAUGCGAGGGAGGUGGAGAUGAAGCGGACGGACAGCACAUGCUCGAAUAAGGCAUUGUUGCAGAGGCUGGCGACGGAGGCGGGGUUGGAUCCUUCGACAGAGAUACAAUGUACGAGCUAA